AACCACUGGAGAAAUUACGACAAAAGCUUCUGAAGCAUCUACAACCAAAGGUUCCAUAACAAAUGUUGGUACAAGAAAGCCUGUUGAAACAACCUCUGGUCAAUUAACACUCUCCACCACUGCAAUUGUUGAAACCACGACUUCAGUGCUAGAGGGAACAAGCAGAGGAAGUGAAACUACAACCGUAUCAUCAAUGCCAUCUCUUCAGACAACCACUACUGAAGGACCUACACCAUCCACCCAGAGAGCAAUAACUGAAUCUGUCGAAACUACGUUCUCAAAAACAACAACAGCAGUGAAGAUUGGAACAACAAACCCCUCAAAGGUUGGCACAACAGGCCCAGUGACUGGCUACAUAACAGAAGUUGUCGAAUCCACAACUGGAGUACCAGGAAUCAUGUCAACAAGCAAAGAAGCAACCCUUGUUACAUCUAAGCCAUCUGUUGUUACCAAAACAACAACAACACCUCCUAGAACCACUGGAGAAAUUACAACAAAAGCUUCUGAAGCAUCUACAACCAAAGGUUCAAUAACAAAUGUUGGUACAAGAAAGCCUGUUGAAGCAACCUCUGUUCAACUAACACUCUCCACCACUGCAAUUGUUGAAACCACGACUUCAGUGCUAGAGGGAACAAGCAGAAGAAGUGAAACUACAGCCGUAUCAUCAAAGCCAUCUCUUCAGACAACCACUACUGAAGGACCUACUCCAUCCACCCAGAGAGCAACAACUGAAUCUGUCGAAACUACGUUCUCAAAAACAACAACAGCAGUGAAGAUUGGUACAACAAACCCCUCAAAGGUUGGCACAACAGGCCCAGUGACUGGCUCCGUUACAGAAGUUGUCGAAUCCACAACUGGAAUACCAGGAAUCAUGUCAACAAGCCAAGAAACAACCCUUGUUACAUCUAAGCCCUCUGCUGUUACCAAAACCACAACAACACCUCCUAGAACCACUGGAGAAAUUACGACAAAAGCUUCUGAAGCAUCUACAACCAAAGGUUCCAUAACAAAUGUUGGUACAAGAAAGCCUGUUGAAACAACCUCUGGUCAAUUAACACUCUCCACCACUGCAAUUGUUGAAACCACGACUUCAGUGCUAGAGGGAACAAGCAGAAGAAGUGAAACUACAACCGUAUCAUCAAAGCCAUCUCUUCAGACAACCACUACUGAAAGACCUACACCAUCCACCCAGAGAGCAACUGAAUCUGUCGAAACUACGUUCUCAAAAACAACAACAGCAGUGAAGAUUGGAACAACAAACCCCUCAAAGGUUGGCACAACAGGCCCAGUGACUGGCUCUGUUACAGAAGUUGUCGAAUCCACAACUGGAGUACCAGGAAUCAUAACCACUGGAGAAAUUACAACAAAAGCUUCUGAAGCAUCUACAACCAAAGGUUACAUAACAAAUGUUGGUACAAGAAAGCCUGUUGAAGCAACCUCUGGUCAACUAACACUCUCCACCACCGCAAUUGUUGAAACCACGACUUCAGUGCUAGAGGGAACAAGCAGAAGAAGUGAAACUACAGCCGUAUCAUCAAAGCCAUCUCUUCAGACAACCACUACUGAAGGACCUACACCAUCCACCCAGAGAGCAACAACUGAAUCUGUCGAAACUACGUUCUCAAAAACAACAACAGCAGUGAAGAUUGGUACAACAAACCCCUCAAAGGUUGGCACAACAGGCCCAGUGACUGGCUCCGUUACAGAAGUUGUCGAAUCCACAACUGGAGUACCAGGAAUCAUGUCAACAAGCCAAGAAACAACCCUUGUUACAUCUAAGCCAUCUGUUGUUACCAAAACAACAACAACACCUCCCAGAACCACUGGAGAAAUUACAACAAAAGCUUCUGAAGCAUCUACAACCAAAGGUUCAAUAACAAAUGUUGGUACAAGAAAGCCUGUUGAAACAACCUCUGGUCAAUUAACACUCUCCACAACUGCAAUUGUUGAAACCACGACUUCAGUGCUAGAGGGAACAAGCAGAGGAAGUGAAACUACAACCGUAUCAUCAAUGCCAUCUCUUCAGACAACCACUACUGAAGGACCUACACCAUCCACCCAGAGAGCAAUAACUGAAUCUGUCGAAACUACGUUCUCAAAAACAACAACAGCAGUGAAGAUUGGAACAACAAACCCCUCAAAGGUUGGCACAACAGGCCCAGUGACUGGCUACAUAACAGAAGUUGUCGAAUCCACAACUGGAGUACCAGGAAUCAUGUCAACAAGCAAAGAAGCAACCCUUGUUACAUCUAAGCCAUCUGUUGUUACCAAAACAACAACAACACCUCCUAGAACCACUGGAGAAAUUACAACAAAAGCUUCUGAAGCAUCUACAACCAAAGGUUCAAUAACAAAUGUUGGUACAAGAAAGCCUGUUGAAGCAACCUCUGUUCAACUAACACUCUCCACCACUGCAAUUGUUGAAACCACGACUUCAGUGCUAGAGGGAACAAGCAGAAGAAGUGAAACUACAGCCGUAUCAUCAAAGCCAUCUCUUCAGACAACCACUACUGAAGGACCUACUCCAUCCACCCAGAGAGCAACAACUGAAUCUGUCGAAACUACGUUCUCAAAAACAACAACAGCAGUGAAGAUUGGUACAACAAACCCCUCAAAGGUUGGCACAACAGGCCCAGUGACUGGCUCCGUUACAGAAGUUGUCGAAUCCACAACUGGAAUACCAGGAAUCAUGUCAACAAGCCAAGAAACAACCCUUGUUACAUCUAAGCCCUCUGCUGUUACCAAAACCACAACAACACCUCCUAGAACCACUGGAGAAAUUACGACAAAAGCUUCUGAAGCAUCUACAACCAAAGGUUCCAUAACAAAUGUUGGUACAAGAAAGCCUGUUGAAACAACCUCUGGUCAAUUAACACUCUCCACCACUGCAAUUGUUGAAACCACGACUUCAGUGCUAGAGGGAACAAGCAGAAGAAGUGAAACUACGACCGUAUCAUCAAAGCCAUCUCUUCAGACAACCACUACUGAAAGACCUACACCAUCCACCCAGAGAGCAACAACUGAAUCUGUCGAAACUACGUUCUCAAAAACAACAACAGCAGUGAAGAUUGGAACAACAAACCCCUCAAAGGUUGGCACAACAGGCCCAGUGACUGGCUCCGUUACAGAAGUUGUCGAAUCCACAACUGGAGUACCAGGAAUCAUGUCAACAAGCCAAGAAACAACCCUUGUUACAUCUAAGCCCUCUGCUGUUACCAAAACCACAACAACACCUCCUAGAACCACUGGAGAAAUUACGACAAAAGCUUCUGAAGCAUCUACAACCAAAGGUUCCAUAACAAAUGUUGGUACAAGAAAGCCUGUUGAAACAACCUCUGGUCAAUUAACACUCUCCACCACUGCAAUUGUUGAAACCACGACUUCAGUGCUAGAGGGAACAAGCAGAAGAAGUGAAACUACAACCGUAUCAUCAAAGCCAUCUCUUCAGACAACCACUACUGAAGGACCUACACCAUCCACCCAGAGAGCAACAACUGAAUCUGUCGAAACUACGUUCUCAAAAACAACAACAGCAGUGAAGAUUGGUACAACAAACCCCUCAAAGGUUGGCACAACAGGCCCAGUGACUGGCUCCGUUACAGAAGUUGUCGAAUCCACAACUAGAGUACCAGGAAUCAUGUCAACAAGCAAAGAAACAACCCUUGUUACAUCUAAGCCCUCUGUUGUUACCAAAACCACAACAACACCUCCUAGAACCACUGGAGAAAUUACAACAAAAGCUUCUGAAGCAUCUACAACCAAAGGUUCUAUAACAAAUGUUGGUACAAGAAAGCCUGUUGAAACAACCUCUGGUCAACUAACACUCUCCACCACCGCAAUUGUUGAAACCACGACUUCAGUGCUAGAGGGAACAAGCAGAAGAAGUGAAACUACAGCCGUAUCAUCAAAGCCAUCUCUUCAGACAACCACUACUGAAGGACCUACACCAUCCACCCAGAGAGCAACAACUGAAUCUGUUGAAACUACGUUCUCAAAAACAACAACAGCAGUGACGAUUGGAACAACAAACCCCUCAAAGGUUGGCACAACAGGCCCAGUGACUGGCUCUGUUACAGAAGUUGUCAAAUCCACAACUGGAGUACCAGGAAUCAUGUCAACAAGCCAAGAAACAACCCUUGUUACAUCUAAGCCCUCUGCUGUUACCAAAACCACAACAACGCCUCCCAGAACCACUGGAGAAAUUACGACAAAAGCUUCUGGAGCAUCUACAACCAAAGGUUCCAUAACAAAUGUUGGUACAAGAAAGCCUGUUGAAGCAACCUCUGGUCAAUUAACACUCUCCACCACUGCAAUUGUUGAAACCACAACUUCAGUGCUAGAGGGAACAAGCAGAGGAAGUGAAACUACAACCGUAUCAUCAAUGCCAUCUCUUCAGACAACCACUACUGAAGGACCUACACCAUCCACCCAGAGAGCAACAACUGAAUCUGUCGAAACUACGUUCUCAAAAACAACAACAGCAGUGAAGAUUGGAACAACAAACCCCUCAAAGGUUGGCACAACAGGCCCAGUGACUGGCUACAUAACAGAAGUUGUCGAAUCCACAACUGGAGUACCAGGAAUCCUGUCAACAAGCCAAGAAGCAACCCUUGUUACAUCUAAGCCCUCUGCUGUUACCAAAACCACAACAACACCUCCCAGAACCACUGGAGAAAUUACAACAAAAGCUUCUGAAGCAUCUACAACCAAAGGUUCAAUAACAAAUGUUGGUACAAGAAAGCCUGUUGAAGCAACCUCUGGUCAACUAAAACUCUCCACCACUGCAAUUGUUGGAACCACGACUUCAGUGCUAGAGGGAACAAGCAGAGGAAGUGAAACUACAACCGUAUCAUCAAAGCCAUCUCUUCAGACAACCACUACUGAAGGACCUACACCAUCCACCCAGAGAGCAACAACUGAAUCUGUUGAAACUACGUUCUCAAAAACAACAACAGCAGUGAAGAUUGGAACAACAAACCCCUCAAAGGUUGGCACAACAGGCCCAGUGACUGGCUCCGUUACAGAAGUUGUCGAAUCCACAACUAGAGUACCAGGAAUCAUGUCAACAAGCAAAGAAACAACCCUUGUUACAUCUAAGCCCUCUGUUGUUACCAAAACCACAACAACACCUCCUAGAACCACUGGAGAAAUUACAACAAAAGCUUCUGAAGCAUCUACAACCAAAGGUUCAAUAACAAAUGUUGGUACAAGAAAGCCUGUUGAAGCAACCUCUGGUCAACAAACACUCUCCACCACUGCAAUUGUUGAAACCACGACUUCAGUGCUAGAGGGAACAAGCAGAAGAAGUGAAACUACAACCGUAUCAUCAAAGCCAUCUCUUCAGACAACCACUACUGAAGGACCUACACCAUCCACCCAGAGAGCAACAACUGAAUCUGUCGAAACUACGUUCUCAAAAACAACAACAGCAGUGAAGAUUGGAACAACAAACCCCUCAAAGGUUGGCACAACAGGCCCAGUGACUGGCUACAUAACAGAAGUUGUCGAAUCCACAACUGGAGUACCAGGAAUCCUGUCAACAAGCCAAGAAGCAACCCUUGUUACAUCUAAGCCCUCUGCUGUUACCAAAACCACAACAACACCUCCCAGAACCACUGGAGAAAUUACAACAAAAGCUUCUGAAGCAUCUACAACCAAAGGUUCAAUAACAAAUGUUGGUACAAGAAAGCCUGUUGAAGCAACCUCUGGUCAACUAAAACUCUCCACCACUGCAAUUGUUGGAACCACGACUUCAGUGCUAGAGGGAACAAGCAGAAGAAGUGAAACUACAACCGUAUCAUCAAAGCCAUCUCUUCAGACAACCACUACUGAAGGACCUACACCAUCCACCCAGAGAGCAACAACUGAAUCUGUUGAAACUACGUUCUCAAAAACAACAACAGCAGUGAAGAUUGGAACAACAAACCCCUCAAAGGUUGGCACAACAGGCCCAGUGACUGGCUACAUAACAGAAGUUGUCGAAUCCACAACUGGAGUACCAGGAAUCCUGUCAACAAGCCAAGAAGCAACCCUUGUUACAUCUAAGCCCUCUGUUGUUACCAAAACCACAACAACACCUCCUAGAACCACUGGAGAAAUUACAACAAAAGCUUCUGAAGCAUCUACAACCAAAGGUUCUAUAACAAAUGUUGGUACAAGAAAGCCUGUUGAAACAACCUCUGGUCAACUAACACUCUCCACCACUGCAAUUGUUGAAACCACGACUUCAGUGCUAGAGGGAACAAGCAGAAGAAGUGAAACUACAACCGUAUCAUCAAAGCCAUCUCUUCAGACAACCACUACUGAAGGACCUACACCAUCCACCCAGAGAGCAACAACUGAAUCUGUCGAAACUACGUUCUCAAAAACAACAACAGCAGUGAAGAUUGGAACAACAAACCCCUCAAAGGUUGGCACAACAGGCCCAGUGACUGGCUACAUAACAGAAGUUGUCGAAUCCACAACUGGAGUACCAGGAAUCAUGUCAACAAGCCAAGAAACAACCCUUGUUACAUCUAAGCCAUCUGUUGUUACCAAAACCACAACAACACCUCCUAGAACCACUGGAGAAAUUACGACAAAAGCUUCUGAAGCAUCUACAACCAAAGGUUCCAUAACAAAUGUUGGUACAAGAAAGCCUGUUGAAACAACCUCUGGUCAACUAACACUCUCCACCACUGCAAUUGUUGAAACCACGACUUCAGUGCUAGAAACCACAACACCUCCCAGAACUACCGGAGCAAUUUCAAGUAUAUCAUUUUUUCCUUCAAUAUCAACACAGGAAUCUCCCCUUCAUACAACAAGGGUCACAAUUCAGACUGAUUCUACAAGAAUAUCCCCCUUUGUUACAAACUCUGAAACAACCUUUGCUGUUGUGACCGGACAGUUGCACACAUCAAGCAUACUUACAAACCCAUCCAUAAAACACACAACGACCUUAACCUCUGAAAGCCCAUUAAGCGCUACAACUGUCAUUGCACCAAUUACACAGACACUCCCAGGAAGCACAACAGUUUAUCCACCUCCAACAACAAAGCAGACAACCGGAGCAACUUUUCCUUCAUCUUCACAAUUUGUCACAGCUUCUUGUGUAUGUAAUGUCAACGGAAAAUCUCAUCAUCCGGGAGACUUGUUAUACAGUGUCACUGAUGGCCUUGGGUGGUGUUACAGUGCAUAUUGCAAUGCAUCUUGUAAAGUUGAAACACAAUCCAGCCCAUGUCCAAACACAUCAAUAUCUAGCACUACUGCACAUUCUUCUACUUCAUUACUGAACUCAACAACAAAGGCCCCAAUUUCAAGCUCUGAACCCCUGACCACAGUAACAACAUUAGCAUCUACAGCUACUCUAGAGUGCUCUGAUGUGUAUCCACCAAGACAGAAUGGAGAGUCCUGGAAUACUAGUAAUUGCACCACAGCUACUUGCAUUGAAGGCAAGGUAACGGUCACAGCUACAGUCUGUCCAAAUGUAACCCUCCCCAUCUGUACCAAUGGGAGGAAGCCUGUCAAGAUCUAUGAACAAAAUGGAUGUUGCUUCCACUAUGAAUGUGAAUGUGUAUGUAAUGUCUGGAGUGGAUCCAACUACAUGACAUUUGAUGGACAAAUGUAUAAUUUCCAACAGGAUUGCUCUUAUUACUUAGUUAAGGAGAUUAUUUCAAAAUAUAACUUAACGAUUACUAGAAGCAAUAACUGUGAUCCUUCAGACAGCACAUUCUGCCCUCUGGCUCUAAGUGUCACAUAUCAAUCAGUAAAGGCAGUUUUGACUCAAGUGAAAACUUCAGGAACACCAACCAAUGCGGUGUAUGUGAAUCAGAAACGUGUCUAUCCAGCAUAUAGCAAUUCUGUCAUACUACUUUAUGGCACAGAUAUGGAGAUCACAGCAGUGAUACAGGAUAUCAACACAAAAAUACUUUAUAGGGGCUCCUCCUUCAGUAUUGACCUUCCUUAUUCUCUGUUUGGGGGAAACACUGAGGGACAAUGUGGUACCUGCGACAACUCACAGGCCAAUGACUGCCGUUCUCCAAAUGGCCAGAUAGAAAGCUGCUCAGAAUCUGCAGGACUCUGGAAUCUCCCCGGGAUCAGCUGUGUCUCCCCAAGCCUCCCUCCUGUUACUGCAACAGCACAACCGCUAACGUCUUCAUCACAGCACCCAAAUGCAACAACACAACCAACCUGCAAACCUGCCAUCUGUGAGCUACUUAUGAGCAGUUUAUUCACCCCGUGCCACUCAUUCAUAUCCCCUGCCCCAUUUGUGAGUUCUUGCAUCUAUGAAAUCUGUAAUGGUGGUAACGACACGUGCUCCAGCCUGGAGGCAUAUGCUGCUCAGUGUUCCAAUGCAGGAGUCUGUAUUGACUGGAGGAGUGACACCAACGGACUGUGCGAGCACAGAUGUCCAAACAACAAAGUGUACAUGGCCUGUGGCCCCUCAGUAGAGCCCACAUGCAAUGACAGAUACAACAGGAAGUUUCAGGCAGAUGUGACAUCAUCUGCCAACUCUAGCCAGGAAGGCUGCUUCUGUCCUCAGGGCACCACGUUGUUCAACACAAUCUAUGACACUUGUGUCGCCUCCUGUGACUGUGUUGGACCAGAUGGAAAACCCAAACAGCCAGGGGAAACAUGGACCAGUGAAUGCAGCAGCUGUGAGUGUGACCAGGACUCCAUGAGUGUCCGCUGUGAGCCGGUGACCUGUCCUGAGGUCCAGAAGCCCAACUGCAGUGAGCCCGGCCAGCAGCUGACCAACACGACCCAAGGCUGCUGCACAACACAGACCUGUGAAUGCAACCUGAACCUGUGUGCUGGUCCGGUGGCCUGUCCUCUGGGCUUCCAGCUUCACGUGUCCAACAGGAGCUGCUGCCCGUCCUAUGAGUGUGUUCCUAAAGGUGUGUGUGUCUAUAACAUGACUGAGUUCAAGCCUGGCGCCAAGAUACCGACACCUCAGACAGUAACAGAAGCUCCACUGGAGGAGGCGUCAGGCACCGCAGCACCAUCCCGGGCAGGAGAAGAUGGACGGGAGGACUCUUUCAUUCCUGCAGCCUGCCAGGAGUGUUACUGCGGCCGCGACACACACCAAACCACCAAACUCAACGUCAUCACAUGCAGACCUGUUGUCUGCCACACUAACUGCUCUGAAGGGUUUGAGUAUCAGUCUGCAGCAGGUCAGUGUUGUGGUUCAUGUGUACAGAAAAGCUGCAUUCUCACCACUUCUGGGAACAACACAGUCCAGAUCAUUGAGGUCAACAACACCUUUGUCCCACCUGGUGAUAAGUGUGUGCAAUACACAUGUGAGGAGAUUAACAGACAGAUUGUGAUGAAGGAAACAAGGACCAGUUGUCCUCCCUUCAACCCGCUGGACUGUGAACCUGGAACUGAGACGACCGAUGCCUCUGGCUGCUGCACAACAUGUCGGCUCCAGAGUGUCUGCCAGGUGGAGAGUCAGCAGAUCAUAGUUGAGGUGAACCACUGUGUCAGUGCUGUGCCCGUCAAUGUUACAUCAUGUGUGGGACACUGCAGGAGCUCAUCUAUGUAUUCAGCUGCAGCAAACUCCAUGAUGCACCAGUGUGAGUGUUGCCAUGAGGCCACAACCAGCAUGAAGCAGGUGGAGCUGACCUGCGCUGACGGCUCAACGCUGCAGCACAGCUACAGCCAGGUGGAAAGCUGCCGCUGCAGGACGGAGACAUGUGCAGCGGGCGCCACAACCAGAGCCCAGCGCCGCAGGAGGCGCUGACCUGCUCCUCACUCACACCAGGGAACAACUUUUUCACACUUUAUAGCACAAUAAGCUCUUCUACAGAGUCUGUUAGAAUUAAACUGUCUGUAUUUCUCACUGAUAAGAAAUAAAGUAUGUCUGCAAAUGA